AUGGAGAAACUUAUGGGGAACAAACUGAGUUCUGUUCACUUUCUUUUAUUAGGCAAACGAUUGACAUUUUAUUAUGAAAAUGAAGUCUGCAAACAAGAUUACUUCAUUAAAUCGCCACCUCCUCAGCUUUUCUUCUCCAUGUCCUCUUGGAAAAGACGGCUAUUCAUCCUGUCAAAGAGUGGGGAAAGAGGCUUUCGUCUCACCUAUUACAAAGACCAUCAUCCUCGUGGUUCCAUUGAAAUUGAUGAAAACUCCAUUGUUGAAGUUGGCAUGAGCAGCCAGGAAAAGCUGCAAUCCGUGCAGAAAAUGUUUAAGUGCCACCCCGAGGAAGUAAUGUCCAUCAGGACCACAAAUAGGGAGUACUUCCUCAUCGGCAAUGACAGGGAGAAGAUUAAAGACUGGGUCUCCUUCAUGUCAUCGCUUUGCCAGGGGGUUACAGUCACAUAUCAGUGCACAGAGGCGAUGAUCACUAAUGAAACAACAGGGAGGCUGAACACAACCCUCUCUCAACAGGAAAUAAUGGAGAAACUCUCCAUGAGAGACAAAAGGCCCAUCUCUGAUCCCAGUCUUUUGCUUGCUGCUUCCAACACAUUUGAUGCCGUCAGCCCCACCUCAUCAAGAAGCAGCCUUCCAUGCAUGCAUUUAAUGAAAAAAAGCUCUCCAAAAUCUGAGGAAGAUCAUCUACCACAUUUCUACCCAGAAACCACAGGAGAUACAGAAGAGAAUUAUUAUCUUAGUCCUCGAAGUAUUCUUUCAGAGCUGGAAAAUAUUGAUUCUGGUGAUUCGAAAGACUUGAUCAAACAUGAUAAUGCGAAACAGAACAUGAGCUCUGAGGGUUGCUAUAUGUCUAUGAAACCAUGUUUUUUCAAGGAAAUACCACAUGAGUCUGCUGAGAACCAACAGGAACUCCAGCUCCUUCCAGAGACACAGGAUAGAGGACUACACCUGCAGGAACAAGGCUUGGGAAGCGAUUCGUGUCUCACACCUUCCAAUACAGAAGCACAGACCACAAAUGAUAGAAAGGGGAUGACCUCACUAACCGUUGUGCAAUUGUCUAUCUUAAUCAACAACAUCUCUGAUGAACGCCAAGUGGAGACACUGAGCUUGUUCCUUUCUCCCCCUGACGUCAUAAACUAUCUUGCUCUCAUUGAAGCCGCAGGACGGAUAUGUGUGGCUCGCUGGGAAGGCCCCCCACACCUGGGAUGCUUGUUCUGCCACGGAGAUCACGUUUUGGCCGUGAAUGAUCUGAAGCCCCAGAACCUGGAGGAGGUCUCCUUGUUUCUCACUCGGUCCAUCCAGAAAGAGAAGGUAAAACUCACCAUUGGGCGGAUCCCAAAUUCAGAGAAAUUCCAUGGUCCAGCAUGCACGUGUUCUCUUAAGCACCAAGAAGUUGCAGCUCUUCGACAGAAUAAGCCUGCUCUGGAAAGGACCCUACAGAGGUGUGCAGCCAUUAAAAAGGGCCAUCAGAAAGGAGCAAAAGAUUAGCCUGUUAAGGACCCACCAGGGCAGAAUGAGGAUGGAGCUCGGCCUCUGUGCCUGACUAUGCCACUUGAUGCCCUGGGCCAUGACGCAAGCCAGGACAUCCCCCUGCAUUCCCGUGUCUGCCUCUCCAGAGUGGCUAUGGCCAUCGUCUCUCUGGCCACUAUCUCCAGAAUGUAGGGUCUGUCAAGAGGGAUCAUGACUUGGGAACACAAUGGAAACGGAAAGCCUUGUAAU